AUGAGCAGCGACCCUUCUAUUCUAGUAUCUGAAGACGUUCACAAAAGCGCUGUUAUUAUAGGUGAUGACAUCUCCUGCAUCAUUUGGCUUGAUGCUAAUGUGAACACGAAUGAGCGCCGAAGUGCAGAGCAAAAAUUAGCCUCAAUUGUUAAGCAUUUCGAAAAGUUUCAAGAUAAAGAACAAUGUCAGAAAUAUAUUGAAGAGCAAUCAGAAAAAGAUCGACUGGUAAUGAUUGUUAGUGGUCAAUUGGGAAAAGAAAUAGUACCUUCUGUUCACAAUCUUCAACAAGUUAUGUCAAUAUAUGUGUAUUGUAUGAAUAAAGAAAUCAAUGAACAAUGGGCUUGCAGAUUUGUCAAAGUAAAAGGUGUUGUUGUUCAGCUUGAUGAACUUAUUUCUCGCAUUACGACUGAUCAUAACAUUCAGAAAACGAUGAAGGGACCAUUGUCAACAACUACUGUUACUGCACAUGCUGACACAGGUAACUCAAAGACACGCGUGUACGGUCGGUUUCUUUUUUUCACAAGGGUAGAUGUGAGUGUUUUCAUUAUCACUAGUUAAACCAACAUCAACACCCAUAACCACACCUAUCGACUUCAGUUUUAACUGGUAAAAUUUAAAGUAGAACUUCAACUUUAACUUUUAAAACAAAGCUAAAGUGUCAACUGGAUUAUUCUCCAAGCUAGAGGUUGACUAAUUAGUAUCCACAGAAAGAUUAAUCAGACAAUGUCGAUAUGAGUGCAUGUGUGAGUAUCCUCAUUGGUGUCAAUGUAGUUGCAGGGAUGGAUGUAAGUAACGAAUAUAUCUAAACACAUGUAGGCACCUGCCUUCAUCCCACAUCCGCAGCUACUGGCUGUAGUGACGUCAUAGUUUAUGCAAGAGAGAGUUUCACAAUCAAUCAUUUCUGGUUUCUACUUAUUUUUCUUAUUUUUUUUCUCAGUCAUUCGCUGAUGGAAAAUGUCUAUCUUGAAAUCAUCCGUACACUCUUAGAGAUGAACCGUACACUUCAAAGACAGGAAAUAGUUCCGUUCACAGCACAGAUGGCUUACAACUCAAAGAGUCAAAAAAAUGCUGUCUUUUGAAAGAAAAACAGGCGUUAUUUGUGUCCAUUUGAGUGAAAAGAAAUUACACAUGAACAAAGCAAAAAUUCUUCAAUAGUUUCUACCUUCACAAGUAGAAGUCGAAAAUAACUUAAGAGCAGAUAAUAAUCCUAUCACUUUUUUGCAGUAAGUGAUACACAACUAUUUGAAUGGAAGUGUACGAAAAAGUGCCAUGAAUGGUAGAAAUAUGUACAUGAUUUCGUUCUAUUUCUUCUUGCUGUGGGCGACUUGGGACAGAAAGAACCAUCACUCCAUAAGUGCGAACAAUUUUCCCAUCGAUUGAUCCUAUUACACACUGGUAUACAUUUCUUUCAGUUAUUGAAUAUUUUGGACCUUUUAGUUUUUGAGGUGUAGGUCUAGUCAUUACUCACAGCUAAAGACACAGAUGCACCCCAUACCCACCCAUUCUUCUAAUUUAUCAAUAAUCAAACUUUCUUCAACAGGAAAGUGUGGCAAUGUCGUCGAUGAUGAAAUAUUAAAAUUAGCCGAGAAUGAAAUAAUAGGCGCUCUUGACUUGGAAGAAUAUGACAUAAAAGAUAAAAUUAUAAAUGAUUUGUUAGAAAGUGGUCGACAA